AUGACAGACAACACCAAGCAAGCCCCAUUUGACGAUAGCGCUGGAGAUCACCCUGACCAAAGGAAUACAGUGGCCCCAGAUUCACAUACGUCAUAUGCUUCGCAAGGCACGAACUUGCCACAAGCUGCCACGCACGCGCAUCCUCAGUAUCAACAGCAGCUAGGCAAUGCUGGCAUGGCGGCCGGGGCUACUGCUGGGGUUCUCUCUGGUGGUUCAGCUGUUGGAGACAUGGUGACUGGCGGAGUUAUUGGCGGCAUGGUCGGCCAGAGACUCGCUCAGGCACAGGAUCAUGCUUUCUGGCGCGACAAGGCCAUGGAGUAUCGUGAUGGUCGAGCGGACGGUACGAUCCCACCGCCUGAGCCCAAGAGCGAUGGUCACAGUUCGUCGUGGUUCAGUAAGGAGGGAAGAGCGGAGAGAAGGGCCGAGCGGUGGGAGAGGCGUGCUAAACGACGAGAUGGUAUCGAAGAGUAA